ACGUAUAUUUUUUUCUUCCCUUCCUUUUAUUACUUUAUUAUUUUAACUGUCAAUUUUAUAUAAUCGCUCCAUAUGUCAACAUCUAUUUAAUUAUUCUCUUUAUUUAUGAUUAGAGAUGCGUCGUGACGUGAUGUACGCGUCCAAUGUUAUGUCUUGUACACGCAAUAAACACCGUCAGUUGCUGUGCGCAACGGUAGGGGCGACGAUGACGGCAAUAACGACAAAGAGGGAGAACACUUGGCGGGGGUCCAUUAGACGAGAUAUAUCUAUAGUGGAGUGAGGGAUGAAGACAGACGGAAGGAGCGAGACGAAAAGGGACCGGAAUGUGGAGGAAAGAGGAAAGGAACGACGAAGCAUGUAAGCGACUAGCGCGCGCUGCGGUAUGUCGGUUGGUUGUCGCCGCCAUGCUAGUGAUGCUGGAUCCGAGCGUGCUAACGGACCUGGAGGAGCUGACGCUUUGCAGUUACUGCAAGCAGAAGUACAAUGACGCGGAGCAGUGCCCCAAGUAUCUCAGCUGUAAGCAUUACUUCUGCCUGCGCUGCAUUGAAAGCAAACUGUUCACGGAGAAAGCAACGAGACGUGAGGUGUUGUGCGCACAUUGUUGGAAAACGAUGGACUUGGGCGACAAGGAGCCGGACGCUCUGCCGACUCACUCUCCUCUGCUUGCCCUCGCCAACAACCUGUCUCACCUCAAGCUCACGACGAACAACACGUCCUGCAAGCCCGGUGAUAAGGAGAGAAAGAGCGAGAACUGUCACACGCACGGGAUGCCGUUGGCAUUGUGGUGCGCAACAUGUUGCACGGCGCUUUGUAGGGCGUGUGCGACUCCGCAGGAACACCCGGGUCACCAGAUCAAGUCGCAAACCGAUGCCAAAGAACAGCUCAUAUCCGACGUACAACUGGAGUUAGUUGCCGUAGGUAAACUGUCGACGGAGAUUCAAAGACUGGCUAUGCAGCAACGCGAGUUUCUUAUCAAGGUGCUGGAAGCGUGCGUGACGCUGAAGACUCAUGUGGAGACGGACCUACAGAAUGGCUGGAGCCAUUUUCCCGAAAUAACGGAUGCGCGCGAAACCUUGGGUAAGACGAAGGCUGGCUUGCAAAUGAGUGAAACACCGGGCGACGUGUACAGUCUGCAUACACAACUUGUACUCGAGAAGCAAAGGUUACAGUCCAAGUAUCAAGAAAUGAUGUUGCAAUGCCAGUUGGACGAUUUGAUUGGGAAUUCCGGCGUGAUCUUCGAUUUCGCACUGCUGAAGCAGGCAUUGGCCGGCAUUCAUACUGGAGAUCCGAUUGUCUCUCAAGGAAUGGUGGGCAAUGGCGGUCGAUUGCAGAAUCAUCUAGCGGCCUCGCAGAAUCCGAUACUGUUCCUCGCAAAUUAUUGCAUGUCGCAAUUAUAUACGCGCCAUGUUGUCAGUAAGCAGCAACAGCAGCAGCAACAACAUCACAUGCAGAACGGCACCAUCGAAUACCAUUCGAGCAUGAUGCCGCAGCAACAAGCGCCACCAGGUUCCGUUCACGUCCAUCAGGGUCCACCACCGCCGCCACCGCCGGCUCAAACAGGCCCACCGCAGCAACUUCUUAUUCCACCCGGCUCACCGUCCGUUAAAACCGUACCAGCAGCGGCAUCCAACGCUAUGCUACACCCGCAGCAGCAGCAGUCAACGUUCAUGCCCGACACGGUCGGCACCGGUGGCGGCGGUAGUAGCUUGGUGACCGUACACUCGUCCCCUCAACCACCGUCUAGUGGAAUAACAGCAGCAAGUCUGCGCGGCCCUACGAAUCCGUAUCCCCUGUACUAUUUCAACAUCCAAGUGAACGGUUCGCCGCAUGGUCGCAUCGUGAUUGAAGUAAGACCGGACGCGGCGCCGAAGAUGUCAAAGAACUUCAGCGUGCUGUCGACAGGGGAGGCCGGCAUUAGCUACGAGGGCUGCACGAUAUUCCAGUGUUGGGAGGGCGAGUCUGUGAUCACGGGCGACUUUGAACAGAACAAUGGUCGCGGCGGACGCAGCAUAUUCGAGGACAGCUAUUUCAUGCCGGACGACACCAAGUUUCCAGCGGUGAGAGGCGCGGUAGGGAUGCGACGUACGCAAAAGCGGCACGAUAACCUCGGCAUGGUUGGCUCGCAGUUUCGUAUAAUAUUGCAAGAAAUGCGCGGAUUUACUGGCAUCUUCGGCCACGUGGUCGAGGGGCUGGAGUUGGUAGAGAAGAUAUCUACAUUCGGCGAUCAGACCGGCAAGCCUACUAAGAAUAUUCUAAUUACGAAGUGUGGCAAAUUGUAACGAUUACGCGAUUGUUAUUGCGCGAUUGUUGACAGUACCGUUUUGGAGAGAGAAGGCUAAGUAAUACCCUGUUACAUAAACAAGCCGUAACGUUUUCUCGCUAUUAGAUAGCUGAAGAACAGAGUCGCGACGGUACCCCCAAAUUGUGCGAGCGCGCGCGCAUACGUUCGGCUAUAAGAGAUACUUAUACGUAAGAAAAAUAUAAAAAAAGAACGGGGUAGAAUCGCGUAUAUAUAAUUGUUUGAUGCGCGAUAAGAGACAACUCUCAGACAGCAUAAGAUUUCUAGGGGAUGUUCUGAAAACAUUCUGAGGACAUAGGACGUUCUCAGAAUAUAUUUAGGAUGUUCUAUAGAAAUCUGUGUUAUUUGGGUUAUUAUCAUAUUAUUGAGUAUCGCAGUAGAUGUCUCCGCUCCGGAGGUAUCGUUGCGAUGAUUAUUAGUUCCACGAAUCCUCGAACGCUCCAUACGAGUCACGCAACUUAAUUAACUGUUAACAAUAGUGUCUAAAAAGAGAUGUCGAGUCUAUAUUUUUAAAACGUGGGCGCGUGUGAGAAGAUAAAAAAGACGAAAUAAAGAUCCAUAUUUUGCUAUUGACCGGGAAUCUAACAAGAUUCUGUAUCUAAACAAUAACGACGAUGAUCGACAACACACAUACGUACCUCAAAGAUCGAUCGUGAUAUCGAUUACGACUUCUAGCUGAUACGACGAUUUCUUUUUUAGCGAGAAAAAGGUUCGACAUUUAUUUUGGCUAUCGACGUUACUCCGCUAUUAUAUAUCGUUAUUUAUAAUUGAUAAAAUGUGUCGCGCGUACCGACUGUGAGUGAGAGAAAGAGAGAGAGGGGGGAGGGGGAGGAAAGAGUGAGUGAGCGAGUGAGAAUCGAACUGCUAUGCGAUCGAACAGCAUAGUUCUCCAUCUGUGGGCGCAGCUGAUAUUUUAGAUCGUAGAUAGUGAAUAAAGAAGAAGCAACACGUGUAGACUUGGCCAAGUGUAUACGCAUGUACAUACAUUUGUGCGAGCGUGCGCGCAUGCACGCACACACAAUACCCAAUAAUCCUAUUCGUGAAACUAUACUUAUGAUUGAACGAAAAAUAACGCACGUUGAGUACAACGACUUGUACGAUUCUUUCGUGAAUAAUAUUACACGGAUAAACGAGCAUGCGCGUGCGCACUUUUGCUUUGUCUAAAAGUCGUGUCUCGCAAUUCCGUAUACGCAGGUCUCGUUUAGAAUAUUAGUUGAAAAGAGACGACAAAAAGAAGCGAUACGUAGCUAAUGUAGAAAAUAUAAUCUACGUAUAAAGCACCUAUCGGCAUAGGUGACUAUCACGCGUGUUCCAUUCCAAGGCUACAAGGAAAGGAACUAAAAAGGGAAAAGAGGAACAAAAAGAGACAUUCAUCUCUCGCGCGCGCGCGUUUCGCGAGAAAGAAUUCUGCCGCUCGCUCGAAUACGCGAGCCGUUCUCUUUUCGUUCUUUCGUAUCCGAGAUAUAUAGCGAACCGACAUGAAUUAAUUGUAUUUAAAAUUAGAUCUCAAUACGCAAAUGUAUGCAAGGCCUAAUUACUACUACUACUAUUACUAUACUAUUACGCUACUACUAUUACUACUAUUGCACAGAUCGUAAGCCUCAUCGUCGUCUAUGCGAGAAACGAACGAAAAGAAAAAAAUGAAACUGUGCGAAUAUAUAUUACAUAUAUGUGUGUGUAUAUAACCGUAUACACAUACACAUAUAUGCAUACAGAGUGUUCUAUUUUAAUGAAAAUAGUUGUAUAUCUUAAAAAGCACUCGAAAUUGUAGCGCUUCCCGAGAUAUGCAGCUAUUGAAAAAUGUUUCAGAUCAAAGCAGUCCCCAAGUUCGAGAGGAAUAUAUAACAAUAAUGUUAUUAUGGUCUUAAGAUAUUUUUUUAACUUGAAUUUUUUUUACUGGAUUCAGAAAUUUGAUUUUACUUGUUAUUCUGUGUAUAAAAACUUUGAAGUAUUUUACAUUUUGUUCAAAUGUGUCAACGUGAAAUAUGAAAUAUUUUGUAAAAUAUUUAUUUUUCGAUAGUUUCAAUAUUUUUACAUAUGUACGAUUAUAAUGACAAAGAAUCAAUACGUAUAUGAAAAGACAAAGAAACAUCGAACAAAAUUUUAUUGCAUUUUGUAGAUAUAUUGAAGCACGUAUUACAAAUAUUAGUAGCGUUAAUUGAUUUCUGUCUUAUCAUUCUACAUAUAAAAGCAUUAAAGUGAGGACACCGGGAAGUAAUUUAUACACAAUGAUAAGUAAAUCGAAAAUAUUUCAUGUUCCAUAUUGGAAAUAUGACACGAUAUGAAAUAACGAAUAUCUUGAGAUAUAUUCAUUUCUUGAUCUUUAGUAAUUUUAUAUACAGAAUGACGAGUGAAAUUGAUUUCUGAAAAAAAAA